AUGUAGUUAGAUUAAUUGAUAACAACCUUUGGUUUGGAUUCUUGUGAUGAAAUCCCUUUUCUCAAAUUAUAUGCAAGGAAAUUCAAAAUCUCUCGUCCUUCAUAUAUUGCUUUCAUCGUUGUGUUAUUAGGAUUAGCAUGCAUAAUAUUAGGAAUAGGAAGAGGAUUCUUUAUUAAAAUUAUGACACUGGUUUAUCCAUUCAUCAUGACCUUAGAAGUCAUUGAGACAUAGAGUAAUAUCAUUUAUAUAAGUUUGUUUAGACUACAGGAAUGCUAAACAAUGGUUAUCCUAUUGGGUUAUAGUAAUGAUUGUUCAUUUGUUGGAUGAUUACUUUUAUUGGAUACUAUAUUACUUACCCUAUUACCAUUUCAUUAAGUUCAUCUUUUUUGUGCUACUGUUUCAUCCUAAAACACAGUUUGCAGAGCAUUUCUAUGAUGCAGUAUACAUUUAUAACUACAUGAUAGGUAUUUCAUAGGUGUUAUAUCAACUAUUAAAAAUACAUAUAUUCAAGUAAGAGAAUUUCCAGUUACAAUUAUUGA